GUUUGGUGUGUCGGGUAUAAAGUGAUGACCUGAGUGCUUUUCUUGCUUCUCACUGUGCCAUUCCAGUUCUGGCUGUGCUGGGCUGUGGCAGGAGCCCCAGUGACCGUGUCACUGCUGUGUGUCCUCUCCCUGCACGCAGAGCAGUGUCACGACAGCAGGACUGUGGUUUGACACCAUCUGUGCACUUCUGCUCCCACCAGAGAGAGACAUCCCACUUGGCUGAGCUGUGUCAGCAGUUUGUUUGACUGAAUUUCACUUUAAAUAUUUUUUGUGGUUAUCAAAUGUAGGCUGCCUUGGGAUAUGACUGUGUCAUCUGUAAUUUGCUGUCUGGACAGGAGUAGCUGUGUUAGCAAGCUUGUCCCUGCAUGCAGUCCAUUGGUGUGUGACACAAGGACAGAGCUGGCUUGAGGCUGCCUGUGCUGGAGGAUGGAUGGAGUGUCUGCCCACCCCCACUGAGGAUCACUGUAUCCCAUUCAGGAGGAUUUAAAGCAUCAUUGAAAGGGUACUUGUUAUGGGGUAUCCAUCCUCAGCCUUGCUGUGAUGUGGUUGGUGAGUCCUUAGCUCAGGUUGUCCCCAAACUAAGCUAUUUUCACCUCUGAAGUUGUCUAGAAAUUCAGAGCUCCCAGGCUGAUAAAGAAAGUAGUGAAGAGUUGGGACCACACUCGGGCAUUUUAGGAUGACCUCCUGGUAUCAUCUUUUUGUGUGGCACAUCUUGCUCCAGCACUGGUUUGCCAGGGAGGUCUGUGUGUGCCUUGUGGUUCUGGGUCCUUACACAAUGGUCACAGAGAUUUCUCCAUGCCCCUUCUGUGUUGAGGGCUAGGUUUGUUUCAGAUGAUUGCUCUUGUAAAUUUUUUACUCCAGUGUUACACAGCAAUGCUGUGAUCAAAGACUAAAGCAUGCCUUUGCACUGGCUUGCAGUGGCUCUCUCUUUCCCUGAUGAAGUCUUGAUUCAUCUGUAGUGGACUUACAUGCUGACCAAAAUAACAUCAUAUUCACUAGUUAAAAUAACAGUGAUGGACAUCUCUGCCUUUGAAGUAUUCUGGAUGUGUAAUUUGAGUUAAUUUUAUUAAGACUGCAGAUCUCUUCUGUCAUGAUUACUGGUGAGGUUUCUGGCUGGCUGCAUCAUUUCACUUUCAAGUGAUUAUCAGAAACCUGUACAGUCUCAUAUGGUUUUAAUGCAUCUACAUGUUAUCCUCAUCUUGUACUUGAUCAGGAUAACACAUUCAAGUCCUAGAAUUUAAAAGGUCUGGUUUAUUGCUAAAAGUUUACAAACUAUACUUGAGUGACAAUUCAAAAAAAAAAAACCCCAAAAACCAAAACCAAACCAAAAAAAAAAACACCCUCCAAACAAACAAAUAAAAAAGCCCAAACCCAAAAAACAAAACAAAAUGAAAAAUCAAACAGCAAAACCCUGAAAGAAUUCACUUCUUGAUUUUUGAGGAGUUAAAAAAAAUAAUUACAGAGGUUGGCAAAAGAGCUGGCGUUCCAGGUUUAUCUGCUGUAGGGGGAUGUGCUUUAAUGUACUCUCUUGAGGCAUAUUCUGUCUCUAAUUUGUAAAAAUAGGAUCCUGGUAUGACUUGUUCUGUACCUUAGUAUUCCUUAGUCUUGUGUUGUCUGACCUCACUAUUUUCAUAUACUGAUUUUGUUUUUUUUACUCUUUAAUCCACCUGAGAUGCAGCUGGGGCUGUGCUUGUGCUGCUGGGUCCCAAAGACCUGACCUGCUGGGCACUGUUUUGCCCAGGCUGUGGAUUUGGGCAGGGCAGCAGGGCACAGAGAGGUGGGAUGUGCUGCCUUCUUCUGUGGUGAAUGAAACCAACCUCAUUUCCUAGGAAUGAGAAGGGAAGAUAAGAGGAGAGGAAUUGUGUAUCCUUUCAGCAGCCUUCUGUUAAACUUGGAAUACCACAGCUCAAGCACGUGAACAGAUGGAUAAUGGAGACUGGGGAUAUAUGAUGACUGAUCCAGUCACGCUAAAUGUGGGUGGACACAUGUAUACGACCUCCCUCACAACUCUAACGAGAUAUCCUGACUCAAUGCUCGGGGCCAUGUUCAGGGGAGACUUCCCCACUGCCAGGGACUCUCAGGGCAAUUACUUUAUUGACAGAGAUGGACCACUUUUCCGUUAUGUUCUUAACUUUUUAAGGACCUCAGAGCUCACUUUGCCACUGGACUUCAAGGAGUUUGACCUGCUCCGGAAGGAAGCAGACUUCUAUCAGAUUGAACCCUUAAUUCAGUGUCUUAAUGACCCCAAGCCGCUGUAUCCUGUGGAUACCUUUGAGGAGGUGGUGGAGCUGUCCAGCACCCGGAAGCUUUCCAAGUACUCCAACCCAGUGGCUGUGAUCAUCACGCAGCUCACCAUCACGACGAAAGUCCAUGCACUACUGGAAGGCAUUUCAAACCACUUCACCAAGUGGAAUAAGCACAUGAUGGACACCAGGGACUGCCAGGUGUCCUUCACCUUUGGCCCGUGUGAUUACCACCAGGAAGUGUCGCUGCGAGUCCAUCUCAUGGAGUACAUCACAAAGCAGGGCUUCACGAUCAGGAACACCAGAGUCCAUCACAUGAGCGAGCGUGCCAACGAAAACACAGUGGAACACAACUGGACUUUCUGUAGACUGGCACGGAAAACAGAUGACUGAUUCUGACUCCACAGGAGCCACUUCAGUGAUUAGCAACUUAAUUGGACAGUGAACCCAAGAGAGUCUGGAUUUUGACUAAAGCAACAAUAUGGGCUUUUUUUAUACGACUAUUUAUUGUUUAUCAGUGAGGACUGGAGGAGUUCCAUUCUCUAGCAGCACUGUUCUUUUGUCCAGUUCAGAAAAAAAACCGUGCAUGUGCCUGUUCAGUCAAGACACCUUUUUGUUUGAAAGAGGGAGUCCGAAGAAUCAGUACAAUAGGGUAUUUUGUGUCAUUAACACAAUUCUCUGACUCAACUCAAAGUGCUAAAAUUACCUCUCGUUUAAAUGGUUUCUAAUUCAUCUAAUGCUAUGACACUGGGAGCAAGAAACAAAAAAGAUUUUAAAAUGCAGUUGGGGAGAAGCUGCUAUUGUGUAGACUAAUUUAGUUUCUAAAUCAAUAAACAGUAUUGUAAUAUCCUAGGAAAACAAAUCCCACCCUUUAAAAGUACUUGAUAAGUACAGUUUCUUACAGUUAUGACAACUGUUUCUUUCUAUGCAUAUAAAUCAAGCAACCAAAUAUUAUCUGUAGCCAUGGAAAUAUGAUUACAAAUAUUUAUAUUGGAUUCUAAAUGCAAAAUGUCCCUGUGGUAGAAUUCAUAUUUUUAAUGCCUGGUGCAAUAUUAUUCCCAAGUGUAAUGCCUGCCAGAAGAAGCUAAUAAAAAUGUGAAAUACAAAA